CUUCACCUCCAACCAAAUAUAUUAAGCUGUGCCAACGUAAUAUCAGCUUUUACUCCAUACGAAUAGUAAAAACCCAGAAAAUGUAUUUUCUGAUGCUGGAUAUUAGACCAGCCUCCUACUACAUUGCCUUUUUUAUCACACCUAGGCGAUGAUCGGUAAUCAAUGGAUUCCUUGUUGAAAGAGAAGAUCGCGUUCUUUGAAUGCCUUGAAACUUUUAAGGACGAAGAUACAGAAGAUUCCUUAGACGAAUAUGAAGAGAGAUAUCGGAAAAGGACCAGAGAAUUUCUCUCUGAUACUUCAACCACGCCGGCUAAAAUUCCUCAUCCUACGCGAAGGAUCGUCGACAAGCUUCCGGGUGCUACAUCCGAGAGAAUAGUGUCAGAUCCGAUUUCUACGAGUAGCGAUUCUGAGGUGGAGAUUAUUAAAGUCACUCCGCGCAAUCGUAAUUCGAAAGUUAGCGGCGCAAGUUUGCAGGCAGAUACGUUUAUAGGCGCAGAUGCUACCGUGUUCGAGACUGCGGCUGGUGUAGCUAAACAGCCUCUUCGUCGUUCAAUACGUUCCACGCAGCCAAUACUUCGCGUUAGACAUUCCAGCCCCCAGAGUGACCCCUCGUCUUCUGCCAAGAUGGGGAAGCGCAAGAAAGAAGCGCCUCUAAGACUGGUCCCGGAGGCACAACGAAUCUUCAAGGGUCUCUCUUUCUAUUACAUACCUAAUGACGAUAUUAAUCCAGCGCGAAGACUCCAGAUCACCAAAGCUCGAGAACAUGGCGCUACCUGGUGUCGGGAGCUUGUCAACGCAACACACAUAAUUGUCGACAAGAAACUCACCUAUGCAGACAUAGAACGAUAUUUACAAGAUGACAGCAAAUGGUCCGAAAAGAUUCUUGUCAAUACGAAUUAUCCCAUUGAUUGUCUAAGGCACCGUAUUGUUGCGAACCCAGGUCAAGGACAGUACAAAAUUACCGGAGCACCGGCUACAGUUGAACUGCCGCCAAAUGCGCCCUCGCCUUCAAACGAUUCCGGUGUCUCACUUAAGCUAAAGCCAAGGCGUAAAAAGUCCGUAAAGGGACGCCAUGCGUCUAUAUCAAGCACACCGAGAAGUCACGAGGUGUCAACCCAGGAAAGCGUUAUUUUGAUGUCAUCUUCCCAAAUGCGACAAGGUCAGAACACCGCAGAGGCUGCUGGGCUUUCUGGGACGCAGGCGUGCGCCAUGCCUGAGGAGAACGACGAACUUACACAAUGUAUAUUUGAAAUGAAGGACAACACGUUAGAUGAUUCACUGAUAGAUGAUGGUGAUAUUAUCGGGUCAUCAUUGAUCGCAGAAGAUGAAGCCUCAUUAGAUUCCGAUAACUCGGCGGAUGAUGGUCCACGAAAAAGGAGAGCUAGCCCUCGACGAAAGGCUCCUAAUUGGCAAGAUAAAUUCAUUUGUAUGAAAGGAGGUACAAAAGGCGACACGGAUGAUGGCGGUCCCAAUGCGGAGACUAUCAAAGUUCUUCGACAGAUGCUAGAGAUACAUACUCUGGCAAAUGAUAACUUUCGGAUCCGAGCAUACAGGCUAGCCAUUUCGACGCUUCGUGCACAGCGCAAGAAGAUACGUACGGCAGAGGAAGCACGCGCGCUCCCUAAUAUCGGUCGAAUUGCAGACAAGAUCGAGGAGAUCGUUAAUACGAACCGACUGAGACAACUCGAAUAUGCGCAAGAUGACCCUCGUCGGAAGGUUAUGGCUUUAUUCCUUCAAAUUCAUGGCGUCGGCCAUAGUGUCGCUCAGAAAUGGAUUGCUCAGGGGUUUCGUACAUUAGAUGACCUUAAACAAGGGGCCGAGUUGAACGAUAGGCAGAAAAUCGGACUGGAAUAUUUCGACGACUUGAAUACGAGGAUCCCACGGAUAGAGGUGGAGGCAUUGGCUGGCUGCGUCAAGAGGGUCGCGGCAGUGAUUGAUAGUAGCAUGGAGCUUAUCAUUGGAGGUAGCUAUCGCCGUGGAGCAGAUAGCUCUGGCGAUAUCGAUUUAAUAAUAACCAAAAGGGGCACAAAUUCUAUCAGCGAACUUACUCCGUUCUUGGGUCGGCUUAUCGAAACCCUAACAAAAGAUGGUUUCUUGACUGCCGAACUUGCUGCUCACCAUGGUAGCAGCGAUGAUGAUAGCGGAAGCAAAUGGCAUGGCUGUUGUGUCUUACCAGAGGGCGCUUUCCCGGGCCCCAAGGCCGAAUAUCGACCAAUAUGGAGACGCAUCGACCUAUUGCUAGUCCCUCAAUGUCAAUUCGGGGCAGCACUGAUCUACUUUACUGGCAACGAUAUCUUCAACAGGUCUAUUCGGCUACUAGCACGAAAGAAAGGAAUGAGGUUGAACGAAAAGGGAUUGUAUAGUGACGCCCACCAUGAUCGAAACAACCAAAUGACUGCAGGAACCCUAAUCGAGGGACAAGAUGAGAAGAAGAUAUUUGCGAUCCUCGGAGUUCGCUGGAGAGAGCCUCAUGAGAGGUGGUGUGGCUAAGUUACCUGGGGAGUGGAUGAAUUGCUGUACCUCGUAUACCCCUUUCUGAAUGAAGAGUUACUGAUAUGAACCUUUAUCUUUAUCGUGCCUAAC